UCUGGAUGGAUAUAUGUAUCUCCAAUAUUUUAAUUUCAUCUCCCUUCUGUGAGAUUUCGUUCAAUCCUAUCUCAUUACGAAAGUAUCCCACGAAGGUUUCUAUCCUACUCAGGAUCUGUAAUUUCAUCAUCAGUGUUUAAAAAUUACGCAUAAAUUCGCCAAGUUUCUUAACUUGUAUGAGCCUUUGAUUCACAUUGUUUCUCUAUAUAUCCGACUUUUCAUCAAUCAAACGUCAAAUACACAUUUUUUACCCGGACCCAGUCUUCCCAUACCCCAUCAUCAUGGCAUCAGAAAUUCUUCCAGAACGUCCAGUUCCAAUUGAGCUUCCAAAACUUCCUGCACCGGUCAAGGAUUUCAUCCCCUACCUAUCUCGAAACCCUACCAAACAUAUCUCCACCAUUGUCGAGCCCUAUAAAGCCUAUGAAUCAGAGCUUCGCAAAGUUUACGCACAACAGCCUGACCAUGAAGCAGUCAAAGACGGAGCUAUCAAUUUAGUUCCUAUUUUCUCAGGUCAUGAGAAUGAUCUCAAGGUCCAGGCCAGAGAUCUCAAAAAUGAGACGAAAGAGGAGUCGGAGAAAUACAUUAUGCCAUUGAAGGAUGAGGAACGCCGAACUAAUGACUCGCCAGCUGUCGUUGGAUCCCUCAAAGAUUUCCAGACCAAUUUCAAUCUCUUCUCCGAAUCUUCAUUGGCUGAUCUUGAUUGGAACAAUGUUGUUGCAGCUGGUAGUGCCGUCACUACAUCCCUUAUCCCAAUUCCUGAGAAAUGGGCCGGCAGCAAGAAAGCCAUGAGAGAAUACUAUCAUCAGCAUCUGGCUCCGGCAUCUGAUGUUGAUCUUUUCCUUUAUGGACUUACCGAGGCUGAGGGACUAGAAAAAAUCAAGCAAAUCGAGACUAACAUCAAAGAUGCCAUUCUUCAUGAGACGACUACGAUUCGUACGAAAAACGCUAUCACGAUUGCAAGUCAACAUCCCACUCGUCAUGUUCAAAUCGUUCUCAGACUUUACGAUUCAAUCUCUCAAAUUAUAACUGGGUUUGAUGUGGAUUGCUCCUGUGCUGCGUAUGAUGGAAAACAAGUUUACAUGAGUCCAAGAGCUGUUGGAUCAUUUAUUACCCAAUGCAACACAAUUGACUUGAACAGAAGAUCGCCAAGUUACGAAAACAGAUUGAGCAAAUACAGCCACAGAGGUUUUGAAGUUUAUUGGCCAAUGUUAGAUCGCUCAAGGAUUGACCCUACUAUCUUUGAGCGAUCAUUUGGACGCACCGAAGGACUCGCGAGAUUGUUGAUUUUGGAGAAGUUGCCAAAGACGGUUGUAAGUAUUUAUAAUGUGUUUUUGGCAAUGAUCACAUGCUAAUUGGAGUAUAGGACCGAGAAAACUACAUGGAUCAACGUCGAAAAGAGCGUGGCAGACCAUCUCUCAACAGAAGUUUUCGCAACCAACGUAGGUUGUACGGAAAUCUGAAAGACCAAGAAGAGGAUGAAGUGGCAGAUUGGGCAGAACAGGACGAGAUCGCCAACUAUCAUACCAUGACAGUUCCAUACGGACACAAGUACAAUGCAGCAAAGAUCAAUCGUUUGCUGUAUGCCAAAGAUUUGCUUCUUAAUGCGGAAUGGAACCAGGACAAAGAUCGCGAAGUUUAUUUGCAUCGUCAUCCAUGCUUUUUCGGCACUGCAGAAGAAGUUAUUAAAGAUUGUUGCGGAUACUGUCCUGUUCCUACUACUGAUGAGGAGAAAGAGGUGGCUGAGAAGGAAAGCAAGAACAACGUCUCAGGUACUCUCAAGUUUAUUACAGAUGAUCCCGGUCGUCAGGAGAUUGGAAGUUUCAAUCCUAUAAAUGACGAUGAAUGGACUACUAUGAGUUAUGUUGGUGAUACAGCGCGCCUCUGUCAAGCUAUCGUGGAUGGAGAUCUCGAGCAUGUUCAGGAUUGGUGCUCGCAAGAAGGUGUAGAUGUGAACCGCCGAGACUUCACUGGACGUACACCUCUACACCUAGCUACUAUGACUUCCACUCCAGAAAUUGUCAAGUGCCUCGUCGAUCACGGAGCCAGAAUGAUUGCUAGGCUUGUAGACGGUAGAACGGCAUUACACAUCGCUGCUGCUAGAGGCAACCUGGAAAUGAUUAGCAUCCUCAUGAACAAGAGCUUGGCAAAUGAAGAGGAGGAAGAAAAGAAACAGGCUGGUAAAGCUGCAUGUCUUGCACCUAAUGCUGAAGAAGAAUCGGAUUCGGCAUCAGAAAUUACCCUCGAUAGUGAACAAGAAGAGUCUGAUGCUAUGACAAUGGGAAGUUUUGUCAAGAUACCAGGAAAUAAAGAAGAGGAUAAGGAUGAUGUCGUAAGUUUCGUUCUGCUUGGUCCAUUUCUCGUUACUGAUUGGUUUCCCAGGCUACGGUUAUGGAUGAUUCAAUGGAAGAUCCAGACAUCUACGACAUCAAUGUUAUUGCUUGGGAUUACGGUCUCUCCCCACUUCAUCUAGCAAUUCUUAAUGGUCACCUCGGAGCUAUCGAGCUUCUUGCCUCGGAAUAUGGUGCCGACGUACUAUUUCCCGUCAAGUUGGUAGAGGCUGGUACAACCAACGCAAAGGGAGCUGUCAUGACUUUGGUAUUGGCGAUGUCACUUCCCAACGAAAAGGCCAAAAAAGUGGUAGAGCUCCUAUUGAAAUUAGGAGCAACAUCUGCACAAUCCGACACCCAUCAUUUCACAGCCCUUCAUUACAUCGUUGCUCAAAACAACAUGGAUGCUUUGGAUGUUCUAUUUGCUAAUGAUCGUCCAGCUGCUCAAAAGGUCCUCAAUAAGAUUGGGAUGGAAGGAGGUUAUGGUCAAGCUAACACACCACUUUCUACCGCCGUAAAGAAGAGUUACGGAGAGAUGGCAUCUAAACUUUUGAAAUUGGGAGCCCAACCUCAAAUUGCAUUCGAAGAUUGGGUCAAAGUAUAUACGGCCAUGAACACUCAUGCCAGAAAGCAAAAUACGGAAGCAAAUAUGAGGCAAUUCCAAAUAACUGUCCAACAGCCCAUCAUUGCUGCUAUCUGUAAGGAGAUGGGUGACGUCGUAGGAGAGCUUCUUUCACAUGGCGCUGACCCUCAGACCCUGACAACUAUCGCAUGGUCGGCGGUAAAUAACCCUGACUACCUAAACUAUCACAACGACCAGAGAGAAUCGAUCUUGGAUGUCAUUCAGCACAAAUUGGUGGCCCUUCGUGAAUGGAAAGAGCCGGUGCAUAAUCAAUGGCAAUAUCGUCCUGAAAAUACCGAUACAGCAAAGCCCGAAACCCUUCGUGACGAGGCCUUCUACACGGUAGACUUAGAACCAGGUACUUAUAAGUACUGGACAGCAUUAGAAGAUUAUCGAAAUGAGAAAUAUCAGAAUAAAGUCAAGCAUGAACAAUACGAAAAGUUACUCAAGGACAGAAAGGCUGAAUUGGAUAAGUACAAGGAUGACCGCGAAGCAAUUCAAGAAGCAAUCAAGGACCUUGAGAAGGCCGAAAAGGUACUAAUCGCGGCUGGCGCAAAACCCUUCACUGAGUUGUAUCCGGAUAUUCCUCGAACAAAAAAGCCUGAAAGUCAUUCGUGGGGCUACAACCAUAUGCAAAAGACAAAGUGGAAGGCUUACGAAACACAAUUCACUUUUUAUAUUCCAGACCUGAAUGAUGGAAAGAGACAGGGCUAUUUGAUGUUGUUUGAGGCUGCCUGGAACAAUGAUCUCGAUACCAUCAAGAACCUGACACUUAGUCCUUGGAAGCAAGGGAGCAAUGAAUAUGCACCACUCAAAAUCGCAGUCUGUGAUGGAAACAGAUUUAUGCCUUUCUCGAUUGCAGUGCUCCGCGGACAUUACGAUCUUGCACGUAGGAUUGUGGAAAUUUGUCUUGCUCAGUAUCACAACGCAGAUGAUGAGGAUACUCAGAAGGGACGUCAACGCUGGGGUAUUACGGUUGAUAGCAGUGACGAUGAGUCGGAAGAACUACCUAUCUUUUCUGAACUAGUUACUGAUAAAUUUACCAUUGACACUCUCGAGGAAGUUUCCAAUGUUGUCAAAGGCGAUAUCCUUCCUUUAAGUAUGAUUGAGUGGCACUGCCCGGCACGACGAUUCAUGGAUAACGAUGGAAGCUCGAGAUUGAGCGAGAAAAAUAAUCUUUUCGGGUAUGCUGUUGAGCAGGACGAUUUGAAAAUGUUUAAAUUCCUCUUGGAGGUGGCAAAUGAGCAAAAAGCUUUGACGGCUAAACAUGAGGAUGAUCAGCGAUGCUACAAUCUAAAUUCCUCAGUCUUUAACGAAGCUCUCUCCAAAGGCAGAACCACAAUGCUAGCAGAAAUGAUUAAAUAUUCCGGUGCAGGUAUUCCAUUUGGCGAGUUAGUCUCAGCAAGUGGUGUUGAACUCAAGACGAAGCCAAGAUAUUAUGAAGGCUUGACAAUUGGUGGCAAAAAGAGAAAGGAUUGGGCACAACCACCAGGUCACAUCCAAGACCUCAACCAAUUUGAGGGACGUCUUCCACCUUUGCUAGAGGCUGCAAAUAUGGGCAACAUUGAAUCAGUUGAGUGGUUCAUGAGUGACGCACCAAUGAGACAUUACAAAGAAUUUGCGGAGAGAAACAAAAAUGAUAUGCGAGUUCGAACAUUAGAAUCUGGAAAGGGAUUUGAAAAGACCAUUUCGAAAUGGAUGGAGAUGAAUAGUAAGUCACUAUGCUACAUUAUUGAUGUUAUAAUGAUACUGACCAUAUUUGAUAGACGAGCUUCUACUCCACGUUGCCAUUCUUUACAAUCCGCAAACAGAUGAAGAAAAGGUCAAACACCUCAACCUUGUCAAACAUCUCGUUUCCGUUCUUCCCGAAUCAGUCCUUUCACUUAAGUCUUCUGCGGGAUAUACACCUCUACAUCUUGCCGUCAAUAGACACAAUAUCUCAAUUAUUCAGCAUCUUCUCUCGGUUGGCGCCUCAUCCCGUUCUCGCAAUAAACAGAAUCGAAAUAUCAUGCAUACCCUUGCAAAUGCUGCCGCACUUGUGGAUAAACAGACAAUUCCUCGUCUAGAAUCUAUCAUUAAUUUAUUUGACAAGAAGGAUGUUCGAGAAAUGUUAUUAGAAAGAGCAGAUGAUUAUCCAAGCGCACUUACGCCUCUAGCUUUGUGGAUGAGAAAAGCCACACAAUAUGACAGUGAAAAGGUACUAGAAGUACUUUUGAAACAUUCUACUGGUGAGGAACUAGAGAUGAUUAAUGGAGAGGGUGAUUUACCUUUACACGUUGUAUGUCCCCUUUUCACUCAUAAUCCAAAUCAAAGAUACUAAUUAAUACAGGCGAUCAAAACCAAUAAACCAAACCUAACAUCCUUUCUCCUCCGCCAAAAACCCACUCUCCUCUACCGCGAAUCAGCAACUGGUCGUACACCUCUAGAAAUGUCCCACGAUAACUACAUUUCCAACUUUCUAUCCCAACCACCCUCCGUUCACGAACACUGGCAAUAUCGUGCAGAUAGUAUUAGUACUCAUACACUCCAUGCGCGUGAUACAAAGCGUAAACAUGAUGCGGCACCGUAUUAUAAACGACAUUUGUUGAUUCGGGAGGAAUGUUUAAGGGUUCAAGGAGAGCUAAAGAGAAAAUUUGAUGAUGAGGAAGUCGAGGGAAAGAGUAGAGGAGAUUGUGGAAAGAGAAGAUUGGUUAGUUUAUUUGAGGCAAAUGAGGUAGCGAGAAGAUUGGCCGGAAGCCAUAAUAGGAGGGGAAAUGGAGCGCCUGCGCAAUGGGAUGUGGUGAGUAAGUGGAUGUAGAUGUAGAUGUAAGGUACUAGGUGGGACAUGAGAGCUGGAGUUGCUUAUUUGGAUGAGGUUAAUGUGACUGGCUAUGAUGGAUUCAUUUCAUAUGGGACAUCAUGAUAUCUAUUUCCGCAUAGCAAAGCAUAGCCUAGCACAUAGCCUAGCUGCAUAAUACUCACUUCACCGACUACCCAGCUAGCUAAACUCUAUUA